CCUCCCCCAUCGCGAAUGCCAUAUUUCUCUACGAUUGUGUUUUGUGUUCCGUGUUUCCCUUUUAUCAAACGCCUUUUGGCUAAUGGUACGCAGUCCGGUCGCGUUAUCAGGAAAUUGACGAGUCCGAUGCGUCACCUGUGCGUGUUCUGCAUCCGGACACCAUGAACUACUCGUACUCAGCUCUCUCUCCCAGUGGAAGCGGUGGAUUCGGUGGCGUUGACCAGCACAACCGAUGUUGUGGGAACAAGGCUUGGUGCGUUAAGGAUAUCUGCGGGAUUGUCUGUGUGGUCAUGACAUGGCUGCUCAUCCUGUUUGCCGAGUUCGUGGUCAUGCGGCUAAUCCUUCUGCCUAGUAACUAUACGGUCUUUAGCACCAUCAACAUGAUCGUAUUCCAGGCUCUUGCCUUCCUCGCCUUUGCCUCCCACAUACGCACAAUGCUCUCGGAUCCGGGCGCUGUACCACGAGGGAACGCCACUAAGGAGAUGAUCGAGCAGAUGGGCUACCGUGAGGGUCAGAUGUUUUACAAAUGCCCUAAGUGUUGUAGCAUAAAGCCAGAGCGGGCCCAUCACUGCUCCGUUUGUCAGCGGUGCAUCCGAAAGAUGGACCACCACUGUCCGUGGGUCAAUAAUUGUGUGGGCGAGAACAACCAGAAGUACUUUGUGCUCUUUACCUUCUAUAUAGCUUCGAUCUCCGUGCACACGCUCUUUCUGGUGCUCACCCAGUUCGCGGAGUGCGUAAAAAACGACUGGCGCACCUGUUCGCCGUAUUCUCCGCCGGCUACUAUAUUCCUGCUGCUCUUUCUCACCUUCGAGGGCCUUAUGUUCGGCAUAUUCACCAUUAUCAUGCUGGCCACUCAGCUUUCGGCUAUCCUCAACGAUCAGACGGGCAUUGAGCAAUUAAAGAAAGAGGAGGCCCGGUGGGCCAAGAAAUCUCGCCUCAAGAGCAUCCAGUCGGUGUUCGGACGUUUCUCACUAGCCUGGUUUUCGCCAUUCACGGAACCCUCGUGUCGCACAAGAUUUAACUCGCACUUCUACUCGGUCUGAGGGAAGCAUUUGGAAUUCGGAUUAGCUUAAUCGAACAAUACUAACAAACUAACGUACAAGGUAACAAGUUGCCGCCACUUGUUGCACCGCUGAGUGCAAUUUUGUAUUUUGCAAUUGCUAUUUUUCGAUCAAUUGUCAACUAUAUUUACUAUAAAUUGUAUGUAUGUGUGUUUAGGCCUAAGCCAAAGGAUUAAAUAUUCAUUGCCUUAGCCAGGUUGAGAUAUGUACUUACCUGAGAGCCCUACAAAA